CUCUAUACAUGUAAUCCUAUUAGGAAUUUUUUGUGUGUGCUUUGGACUUGUAUCUGAUGACAGCUCUACUGCAUGCAGUGAUACUAUACCCUUUGGCCUAAUAUAUAGUCCUACCUCUAUACUCCACUACUGUAUUCACACGUGCAUGUGAGACUGUGUUUGGAUCUUGUAAGCUGAAAAGGGAAAUCGAUUAGAUGAUAUACAGUAUAUAGAAGAAGCAAUAGCACUAUUCUGACACUGCCGGAUUAGCUUGUAAUCUUAUAGUAUCGGAGAGAACAUGCACUGCACCUGGGUGGUGCUGCUACUGACCCUAGCUACUGUUACCAGGAGUGAGCACUAUCACAUUGUGCCAGUGGAUUCAACUGACUCGUGUAAUGACUACCAAAAUGGAACUUGUUUCACUCUCGAGCAGCUUGUUCAAACAGACCUGUUGUCUGGUGGAGACAAACUCACCUUGAGCUUUCUGUCUGGUGAUCAUUUAUUAAGUGAAAUGCUUUACAUUUGUAAUUUCAGAGAGGUGAUUAUUGCUGGCCAAAAUGCCACUAUCAAUGCCAACACAACUGGUAGAGCAGUGUAUUUAUCUAAUAUCCGUGCAUUGAGUAUUGAAGGUUUGAAUUUCACAGGAGCAGGUGAUAAAAAAAGUUCAGGCUACAUUUCUCAAGAAUUAUAUAUCGAUGAAUGCUCUUUGGUAGACUUGAAAUUGCUAAAGUUGGAAUCUUGUACACUCUGGAUCACCACGAUCACUCAUGUGGUAACUGUGAGAAUUGAACAAGUUCUCUUUGUAAACGACACUAGCACUGACAGAGCAUUGUAUGUUAAAGCUGAUACUGUGUGCAUUGAAAAGAGUGAUUUCUUUAAUAACAAUGGUGGUGCCGUUUACAUUUACUCAAAGCAAACUGUUAUUAAUGAUUCAAGAUUCACUUCCAAUACUGGUACUACAUAUGGUGCAGCAGUGGCGGUGGCCUCUUCAAGUGUGACUAUCAGUUGGUGCAACUUUACAAAUAAUAGCGUUUAUUACAGCGGUGGAGCGAUUUAUGCCAGUGAUUUUUAUUAUAGUGGUGGCGGUAUUUCGGCAGUUAAUGUUUCAAUCAGUUUCUGUAACUUUAUGGAUAAUAUCGCUGAAUAUGGUGGAGCCAUUUCCACCUUCAGAACUAAUUUGUUCAUUUCCAACUGUGUGCUACUAAACAAUAGUGCUAUUCGUGACGGUGGAGCAAUUAAUAUCUGGUUUGGGAGUGUCUCAAUCUCCGACAGUGAGCUAGCGUACAACAGUGCUGAAAGAUCAGGUGGAGCGAUUUUGGUUUUGAAUGGAGAGUUACUGAUAUCCAAUAGCAAGCUAACAAACAACAAGGCACCCUCUGGUGGAGCGAUUUUGGUAUAUACUGGAACUAUAUCUGUCUCCAAAGUCAUGUUUAAAAAUAACAGUGCUGACAUUGGUGGAGUAUUUUUCGUUGCUGAUGGCACUGUGAUCAUUUCCGACUCUCUGCUCACAAAUAACAGAGCCACCCAACAAGAUGGAGUGAUUGCGGUUGUUAUCUCAACUUUAAUAAAUGCUAAUACAAGCAUAUUUGACAAUUUAGAGGGUGAAAAUAUCAUUUACGUAGUGCAUUCUAACUUGUCAUUUACGGGAGUUAACAAUGUUAGCAAUAAUGUAAACCCUGUGUAUGCUCUAAGCAGUCGAGUGGAGUUCAAUGGACCCACAACUCUCAGUAACAAUCGUGGUGUGCAGGGUGGAGCCAUCAGAGCAGUUCAGAGUCAAAUCUAUAUCAAUGCAGAAGGAGUGGUCAUUUCUAACAAUAUAGCUACUGUUGGAGGAGGUGUGUUUCUGAGAGAGAGCACACUCUUUGUUCACUAUCCAAUAGAGAUUUCUCAUAACAAAGCACACAAUGGUGGUGGGAUUUAUGCAUACUCAAGCGAAAUUGAAUUUGAUUCGAAGGUCACUACUGGUUGUUUACUUAAUCGUCAGUUUGUCCUGUGUACAUGUAGUGACAUGAAAGCUGUAUUGUUUGAGAGUAUUAUAGAUCGAAAUGAUGCACAAAAUGGAGGAGGUAUUUAUGCAGUCGCUUCAAACAUUAAGGCUUUUUCUCACGCUCACGUCCAAAUCAAGUCAAACUCAGCAAACAAUAGCGGAGGUGGAAUGUAUCUACAGCAAAGCUCCAGGAUAUAUAUUCUGAAACAGGACUUGGAGCUAGAGCUUGGUAAAACGCUGGUCAUACUAGAAAUUCAGAAUAACACGGCUCAAUAUGGAGGGGGGAUAUUUGUGGCAGACAGUACUGAGAGUGGUGUGUGUAGAGGAGAGGAUGUAACUACUGCAGGAGAUCUGACACAAACAGAAUGCUUCAUUCAAACUCUAAAUCUGUAUGGUUUUGAUAUCAAUUUUAUUAAGAUCGUGCUAAAUUUGCUCCAAGGUAUUCCGUCUUCAUCUGAAGAAGUUAAGUGUUUAAAUAAUAAGUCAAUCAAUUAUUGCAACACUUUUUUGACCAACAACACAGCUUCCCAGUCAGGAGCAGAUAUUUACGGAGGUCUGUUGGACAGGUGUACGGUGGAUGUAUCAGCCGAACUUUCUUCAUCAGACAAUGGAUUUGAGUACUUGAACAAUACUGUGCAUUAUUCAUCGAUAGCUUCGAAGGCUGUAAGAGUGAAGUUGUGUAACACCACCAAGCAAACCAUUUCUGUUAGAAAGGGACAAGCAUUCACAAUCAGUAUUAUGGCUGUAGACCAAGCUGGAAAUCCAAUGAUUAAUGCCACAAUUCACAGUUUUGUUAUCACUGAGAGUGGAGUUGGUCGUCUCAAAGAAGGACAAGCACAACAAGAAGUUAGCAAUCAGUGCACAGAAUUAGAGUACAAUGUAUUCUCACAAGACAGCUCUGCUCAAGUGGAACUCUAUGCUGAGGGUCCAUGCAACAAUUUGGGAAUUUCAAGACAAAUUCUAAACAUAUAUUUUCAAAAAUGUGAUUGCUCUAUUGGACUCCAACCAAUUCAGUCCUCAAUUGAGUGUAAGUGUGACUGUGAUCCAGUCUUGCAACAAGAAUAUCAGAUAACAAACUGUUCUGAAGAAAAUGGGACCAUAAAGCUGGAAAGCAAUAACAACAUAUGGAUAGGAGUGACUAAUACCACUAACGGAAGUGGGUAUGUUGUUAGUAACUGUACAUUUGACUAUUGUGUACUAAAGCCAGUCAACAUCAGUCUAAGCAACCCUGACGAACAGUGUGACUACAAUCGAAGUGGUGUCUUGUGUGGAGAAUGUGAACCAGGACUGAGUCUUGUGUUAGGUACAUCACGAUGUGAACUCUGCUCAAACUCUUACCUUCUCCUGCUACUUCCGUUUGCCCUGGCAGGCAUAGUACUAGUUGUAUUCAUUCUCGUUUUCAACAUUACCGUAGCAACAGGCACUAUCCAUGGGCUGAUCUUCUACACUAAUAUAUUAGCUGCAAAUCAGUCUAUUUUCAUACCUUUUCAUAACCCUUUGACAGUUUUCAUAUCGUGGGUGAAUCUUGACUUGGGUAUUGAGACAUGCUUUUAUGAUGGAAUGAACUCUCAUGCAAAAGUGCUCCUUCAGAUUGUCUUUCCUGCUUACCUGUUUCUUCUGAUGUUCUUAAUAAUCAUUGUGAGCAAGUACUUUGACUCUUUUGCAAAGCUCCUCUCCAACAGGAAUCCAGUUGCUGCCCUAGGCACACUCGUCCUACUCUCUUAUUCCAAACUCUUACGGUUUAUCAUUGCUGCACUGCAACACAGGGUCUUGGAUUAUCCUGAUGGUACAAGUGAUAUAGUUUGGAUGUAUGACGGCAAUGUGCAAUAUUUCACUUCCGGUCACAUCCCUCGGUUUGUUUUUGCCGCCAUAAUCCUCAUUUCUGGUGUAGUGUUCACUGUGGUGCUCUUCUUUGGACAAUGGUUUCCUCGCUGCUCAAAAUGGAAACUCAUGAAAUGGACUAAGAACACGAAGUACAUUGGCUUCAUGGAUGCAUACUAUGCUCCAUUCACGCCCAAACAUCGCUACUGGGUGGGACUGCUCCUAUUUUCUUUUAUCGCUCAUAAUAUAAUAACUGCUCUGGCUUUGGACACUUCUCUCCCUGUUCUAUCAGCUGGUGUUCUAUCAGUUGGACUGAUCAGCUGGAAAUUACUGAACAAUCGUUUGUACAAAAACAAAAUCCGUGAUUCCCUCGAAACUCUUUAUCUACUCAAUAUUGUUUGUCUAGCAUUUGGCACCUCCUUUGUCAAAGAUACCAGAAAAAAUCAGUCAGCCCUAGCCAAUACUUCGAUGGCUAUAUCCUUUGUCAUCUUUGCAAUAACCCUCUGCUACCAUUUUUACCAAUUCGUACUCAAGAAUAUUAAUACAUGGCUGAAGAUAGAAGACACCAUAAGGAAUUUAGGAGCUAAUGUUGUAGUCAGACGAGCUAGCAAUGGUCGGGAAAUGUAUCAGCAGCUGGUAGCCGAUGAAAAUGAUGAUAAUGAAUUACUCAAAGCAGUAGACGACUAUGAACAAAGAGAUGCCUUGAACCCACCUUACACUGAUCAUGAUGGAGUCAUGGAAGAAGCUGACCCUGAUUGUUACAUCACUCCUCCCAUCAUCAGACCAGCCACGAGGCCAGACCAGAUGAUAUUACCCUACAUGGAUGAGCUAGCCCCCCUCACCACAGAGGACUACAGACCAGCCCCUCCCCCUACAAGAGUCAACCAUCGUCCUGCUGUUACAUGCACAGAAAUUGGUCCCAUACAUAAUAAAGUCUAAACUGUAGCUGAGGUACACACUUAGAUUAGAAUGAUAUAAUUGCUGAUUACAAUAUUCAUUGCUGUUUUACUAGUUUUAAUUAUUCUCUGCUAGCUGUUAUUAUGAUUUGUGAUGUGACUGUAGCUAAUUACUGUCCACA